AUGGAGAACAUUCCCUACGCUAAUGCGAUAGGCUCAACAAUGUAUGCUAUGAUUAGUACAAGACUAGACCUAGCCUUUGCUAUUUCUUUACUAAGUAGAUACAUGUCUAAUCUUGGAAUUGAGCAUUGGGUUGCGUUGAAAUGGCUUUUAAGAUACAUAAACAGCUCUGUGCAUAUUGGUUUGGAUUAUUGCAAAAGUAAUAUUGUACUUGAUCUGGUUAUGUAUGUAAAUUCUGAUUUUGUAGGUGACAGAAAAACUAGAAAAUCUACAACAACAUACUGUUUUACUCUUGGUGGGAAUUGUGUGAGGUGGAAGUCACAAUUACAUCCCCUGGUUGCUUUAUCCACAAUGGAGGCUGAAUAUAUGGUUGUAAUUGAUGCGUUUAAGGAAGCAAUUUGGUUGCAAGGUAUUCUGAAAGAGGCUAACCUAUUGGAAAGGCUUGUGACUAUAUAUUCUGAUAGUCAAAGAUCCAUCCACCUAUGUAAAAAUCUAGUGUAUCACGAGACGACUAAACACGUGGAUGUGAGGUUUCAUUUUGUGAGAGAUCUCACCUCAAGAAGCCAAUUGAACCUGCGGAAGAUCCCAACCAAGGAGAAUCUAGUUGACAUGGGGACUAAGGUGGUGAUUGCCACAAAGUUCAAGCAUUGCUUGGACUUACUUCGCAUUGGAUAA